GUAACCCAACCUGCGCUCCAGACCAGCGUCCUGAAGUACAGCGCAGACGGCUCCCUCACGCACACCGACUUCGAACCCGACCUGCCCUGCUUUGCAAUCCUCCGGCGCAUGACCAACAAGCCGAGCCUCACCUAUAAAAUCAGGGGCUCCAUCAUUGCCUUCAUUGAAGCUGGGGCGCGCGCCAAUCCUGGUGGCGAUGUCCCGCAGCGACUGAGCGACCUGGUGGCAUUCUCCCAUGUUGCAUUGGAGCUCUCCAUCCACGGCGCACCGCCCUAUGCCUCCACGCACUUGACCAUCAUGGCUGCUGGCACUGACGAGGCCUUCGUACUUCUCCUUGAGGGCAACACGUUUCCGCUCAAAGCCCAGACCAACCAUUGCUGGCCGUGCGAUGCCUUGUCGCAAAAUG